AUGGCCGGCUUAAUCAAAAUUGUGACAAUGAUCGUCUCCGUUGUGUCCAUUGCCUCGACCGCCCUCGCCACCGUGCCAAAAGUCUACGGCAAAGACUUCCUCAGGCCGGACUUCCAGCUGGCCCACCUUUACACCGUCAAAAUCAAGCCAGGGCCACCGAUCAAAGUCGGCGCAGGACCCCAUGGUAAUCGCGUUAUAUACCCAAGCGGGGGCGGCGAGUUUGAAGGGCCCUUGAUCAAGGGUAAGGUCCUGCCCAUUGGCGGUGAUUACGCCCUCUUCGACUCCAACCACUUCAUGACCCUUGACGUCCGACAGACAUUUGAGACCGACGACGGCACCUUAAUUCAAGUCUUCGAGACGGGCAGGACGCAGCCCGGCGCUAGGCCUAGCGAUAAUGUCACGACAGCAUACGUUCAGCUCGCCUUUGAGACGGGCGCUGCCGCAUACGCCUGGAUCAAUCAGGCCGUGGCCGUAGGCGUACUACACCGUCUGGACGCCCAAAGCAUAAGCAUUGACGUAUGGGUGCUCGCCCCGCUGAGAUCUCAAGUCCCCGACGGGAGCGACAUGUUGGCCGUCAGAGCUUACAAACGAGCCGUAGCGGAGUCCAAAGGCUCAAAAAGCGCCUUGUCUGGGGCCUGA